AUGCAAUUGUUCACAAACAGUGAUGUCAAAUAUGUGAUUGUUGACCUAAUCAGUUGGAAUCUCAAUUGGCUGUGUGAAAGAGUGAUACAGGCUCCGAAAAACAGCACUGUAAGUAAAAUUAAUGAGCAGCUACUGCAGUACCGUCCUGGAAGUCCUUUCAUCUAUAAGUCAGUUGAUACAAUCCCAGACCCAGAAGAGGUGAUAAAUCAUCCAACAGAAUUUCUCAGUUCAUCAGAGCCUCCAGGACCACCUCCCCACAGACUGGAACUUAUAUUGGGUACUCCAGUAAUGUUAUUGAAGAAUUUAGAUCCAUCAACACCCUGCAGUGGAACACGCCUGGUAGUAAAGAAGAUGAUACCACAUGUUAUUGAGGUCACCAUUUUCUCUGGAUGUAGAAAAGGAGAGGAUGUUUCCAUACCCAGAUUUCCUCUCAUUCCAUUGGGAGCAGAAAUUCCUUUUUCGUUCAGAAGAGUGUAA